UACCACGUCGUGUACAUGACGUAGUAACGAGCAAAAACAACGAGCACCAGCGGUUCUUUAUACAAAUCGAGCUAGCUCGGCUUAAUGACAAGCCAGGCACACGUGAAUUUGUUUAGCUAAAUAGCGGUUAGCUGUGGAAACUACUCACGCGCACCGACGUAGUUAAACACGUUCGUUUACACUAUGGUUUGUGUCAUUUGUGUUCGUUUUGUUCACCGUUUGAUGCCGCGAACGGUGGUUAGCAUACGAAUGCUACAGCUAAGCUAAGGAGUGACAUUAGCUUGCUAGCUGUCAUGAAGGCAGUCAACAACAACAACAACAUCAUGUAUCGCUGAACAGAGGCAGCUCUGCGACAAUGGCGAGAAAAACCUAAACAACAUGUGGUAGAAUCUCCCAACAAGACAACUCUGUCUGUCUCGUUUAUUUACCAAAUCAGACGCGUCGUGUAACAGGGAGCCGGCACCGAGUCCGUCAUGUCGGACCUGGACUCUCUCAUAGUCACCUUUCAGACGCAGCUCUCGGAUGUGAUGGAGUCUGUGGUGAAGACGGCCAUGUACGAGGUGACCAGGCUGGUGGAGGACGGGUUUCUGAAGGAGGUGGAGACCCUGAGGAUGCAGCUGCACUGGACUGAGAAGAAGUUAAGUGACAGAGAGGGAGAGAAGAGAGGGAGGUGUGUGGACUGCGCCAAGAAGGACGUGGAGCUGUCCACAGACGCAGCAGGAGAUAGGUGCGACCACCAGCAGCAGGACGAUGGGCUGAGGGUCUGUGCUGUGAAGAAAGAGGGGAGUCCUGUGGAAAGAUGGACACAAGGCCACAGACUAGGAGUCGUAUCAGAGUUGCCUCAGGAGGCAGACAACGCUUCAGCUGUCCCCAGCCCAGAGAGGGAAUCUCAGGCAGCAGAAGAAGAGGAAGUGGUGCCUGCUGUGGAUGUGAAGGAAGAAGAAGGUACUAAGCCAUCUUGCUCAUCUGUGCAUUUGGCAGAGUGGAGCGAUACUCUUGAUGGCAAAGCAGGACUGGAAUCACAAAGCAUAUCUGAGAGGACUGAGGCACAACCAAAACCGACUCCAAAGAACAGUGAGGAGCUGUUGAGGGAUAUCAUGACGCAAGGCUCACAGAUAUCUGCAGCAUUUUGUUUUCCUGAAGAACUAGAAGAAACGCACAUGGCUACAGAUCCAUCACAUCUCCCAGCUUUGGAAAUGGACUGUAGUUGGACUGGGCUUCUGCUGAAUCACAGAGUUGGGCCUGAGAAUGAUCAUGAUUCAGCCAAAACGAGAGUUUCUUUAAAGCCUGCAGAUCACGAGCUGCCUGAAUCUGUAGCAGCAGACGUUCACGUUCAGGCUACCCAGAAUGCAACGUCAGGAUCCUCUGAAGCUAGACUACAAAACAGCAAAACAUUGGGUGUGAAGAUAAAGCAGGAAAUAACUAUUGAUUCUGAUGGCUGUGAGGAAAGUGAGAAUCCGGAAAAGAAAGAAAUUCCAAAGUCUGGAAUGAAGUCUUUCUCAUGCUCUUUGAAACAGCAAAGAGUGAGUUCAGAAGCACACAAACGGAACCACAUUUACCAUAAAGCAACUGUGCAGGAGGUUGUGAAGCUGCAUUCCAAAGGCAGUACAGGUCUUAAAUUGCAAGCAGCUAUACAUCACCUCAACAGACCAUUGAAAAGAAACCCUCACACUCUCUCGAACAGCAGCACAGCAGCUUUGUCUAUAGCUCAUUCUCAGGUUGUGAACUCAAAUUCCCUCAACAGAAUCCCUUCCACAUCCAAAGCCGCCCCACCCCCUCCUCUCUCGGCCCAGCGGGUUCACCUGGUAGACAAACAGGCAGCGCCGCUCAGCCGAACCGGUGCCCAGUGGGUCAGCGUCAGAUCCCAGUCUGCCAUCGCACAUCACACCAGCCCUGUACCCCACACAGACUCUCACACUGGCCCCAGGAACAUCCUGCGCUGCGGCCAGUGCGGAAAGUGCUUUCCACACCCCAGCAACCUGAAGGCUCAUCUGCAGACUCACACAGGUGAGCGGCCUUUCUGCUGCUCGCUCUGCGGUCGCAGCUUCACCAAGCUGAGCAACCUCAAAGCCCACCGCCGGGUCCACACUGGGGAGAGGCCGUACUGCUGCAUGGCUUGUGGCAAACGCUUCACCCAGAAAUGUAACCUCAAACGGCACCAGAGGAUCCACUUGGAUGUAUGAGGGUGGACAGAAAGUGACAAUAAUACACAAUUGCUGUGUGUUUCUUUAAAAUGCUACAGUGUUUCUUUUGCAGUGGUACUAUGAUGCAUUGUGAAAGUCCUUUAUGUGUACUUGUCCCUUGAAGUGAUCGUCCCAAGUUCUUCUAUGAAAUCCAGAAAGACUCAUGUAGUAUGUUCUGGAGAUGUGUUAAUGUUAUUUAAAGGACUUAAAGGCAGUGGGCUGUGAAAUUAUUAUUAUUGUGCACUAAAAUAAGUCAAUUGUCACUUUUGGUCAAUAAAAUAAUAUUUAUUCUGUGAA